AUGACCAACAAUGAUCCAACACCAUCUGUUGAAAACAGCGUCAACAACAACCACCACACCGGCAACAACGGGAACAACAACCAUCACACCGGCAACAACGGGAACAACAAUCACCGCACCGACAACAACAACCAACGCACCGGAAACAACGACAACAGCAACAACCAAACCGGCAUCAACAACAACCACCACACCACAACAACAACCACCACACCGGCAACAAUGGCAACAACUUCUCCAACAACAACUACAACUGCUCCAACUACAACAACAACUACUCCAACUACAACAACGACAACAGCUCCAACUACAACGACAACCGCUACAACUACAACUACUCCAACAACAACAGCUCUUACUACAACAACAACCGCUUCAACUACGACCAAUCCAACGACAACAACUGCUCCAACUACAACAACAAAAACUGCUCCAACAACUACCUCUCCAACUACAACAACAGCUUCAACAACAACAACCGCUCCAACUACAACUACAACCACUCCAUUAACAACUACAACUGCCCCAGCAACAACAACUGCUCCAACAACAACUACAACCACUCCAACAACAACAACAACUGCUCCAACUACAACAACAACAACUACUCCAACUACAACAACUUCUCCAACAACAACUACAACCGCUCCAACAACAACAACAACAAUUGCUCCAACAACGAUAACAGCUCCAACUACAAUCGCUCCAACAACAACUACAACAACUCCAACAACAACAACUUCUCCAACUACAACAACAACUUCUCCAACUACAACUUCUCCAACAACAACUACAACUGCUCCAACAACAACCACAACCACUCCAACAACAACCGCUCAUACAACAACAACAACUACUCCAACUACAACUGCAAUUGCUCCAACAAAAACUACAACGACUCCAACAACAACGACUACAACUGCUCCAACAACAACAACGACAACCGCUCCAACUACAACGACAACCGCUACAACUACAACUACAAUCACUCCAACAACAACAACAACAACUACUCCAACGACAACUACAACCACUCCAACAACAACUACAACUGCCCCAACAACAACAGUUCCAACAACAACUACAACGACUCCAACUACAACAACAACUGCUCCAACUACAACAACAACAACUACUCCAACUACAACAACAACUACAACUUCCCCAACAACAACAACUACUCCAACAACAACUACAACCACUCCAACAACAACAACUACAACGGCUCCACCAACAACUACAACUGCCCCAACAACAACAGUUCCAACAACAACUACAACGACUCCAACUACAACAACUGCUCCAACUACAACAACAACAACUACUUCAACUACAACUACUACAACAACAACAACUGCUCCAACUACAACAACAGCUUCAACAACGACAACUGCUCCAACUACAACUGCAACCACUCCAUUAACAACUACAACUGCCCCAACAACAACAACUACUCCAACAACAACUACAACGGCUCCACCAACAACUACAAUUGCCCCAACAACAACUACAACGACUCCAACAACUACAACGACUCCAACUACAACAACUACUCCAACUACAACAACUACUCUAACUACAACCGCUUCAACAACUACAACAACUGUUCCAACAACAACUGCCCCAACAACAACAACAACUGUUCCAACAACAACUGCUCCAACAACAACAACGACAACCGCUACAACUACAAGCACAACUACAACAAUUGCUCCAACAACAACUACAACGAGUCCAACAACAACGACUACAACUGCUCCAACAACAACAACGACAACUUCUACUGCUACAACGACAACCGCUACAACUACAACUUCAAUCACUCCAACAACAGCUCCAACAACAACUACAACUACUCCAACAACAACUACAACCGCUCCAACAACAACAGCUCUUACUACAACAACAACAACUGCUCCAACUACAACAACAACAGCUCUAACUACAACAACUGCUCCAACUACAACAACAACAACUGCUCCGACAACAACAACUGUUCCAACAGCAACUACAACAACAACGACUCCAACAACAACAGCUCCAACUACAACAACUACAACCACUCCGACAACUACAACCACUCCGACAACAACAAGUACAACUGCUCCAACUACAACAACAACAACUGCUCCAACAACUACAACUGCUCUAACUUCAACAACAACAACUUCUCCACCAACAACUACAACUGCCCCAACCACCACAACUUCUCCAACUACAACU